AUAAGUUAAGUAUAAAAUUAAUAGAAUAAAAUAUACCUUGCUGUAGUGGGUAAUAACCAGGUAACAGCAGCACUCUUUUCACAAUACUGAUCCGUCAAUAAACCACGAAUUUGAGCAUAAUAAAUACCACCAUCUACAUCUUGCAUAGAAACUAUAUCUCCAACUUGAAAAUAUGUACCUUUAUAAAAUACAAAGUUGCUAGUGACUGGAGUUGCAGUAGCAGUGGGGGCCUUGAUUGGCUGUAAACAUAAACAUUCAUAAAUUAUAAUACAUUCAUAUUCGAUAAUUAUAUAAUUCACAAUUUCUAUAACAAACUAUAAAUAUCAGUUCUGAGACAUUUCUUUAAAUCUUUAUUCAAUAACAGAAAAAACAAUCUCUUUUAUACACUCGUUACUAAACAUAUUAGGUCUUAAUAAAUUGAAGAUGUAAUAUAUGUGCAAGAAUUUUCACACACCGUUUUCUUAAACAAGUUCCUGCGACCCUUGCCCUUAGGUAUAAUUUUAUGCGGCCCUGUCGCUUUUGUAUUGCAAUAUCUAGUGAUUCUCGUGCUUCUUCUAGGUUUAAGCGAGCCACUUUUAUCCUCCUCGUCUGCUUUAGAGGAUGAAUUCGCUUCGGAAUUCCGUUCGUCCUCCAAGCAAGCGUUGCACAAGUUUCCAGCAUCGGUCGAAUGCCACAAUGGAGUCUCGCGAGUCCCGCAUUUUGUGCAUUCUGGCUUGCUACCAAGCGGCAUCGGAUACAAGAUUGUUCAAUCUACUAUCGGAUUAACAAUCCAUAAACAACGGCAGCGUUCCUUCUGCGAAUUAUCCUCCGAUCUUGAUUGUCAUUUUCUGUUUACACAUUCAUGUGCUUUUACUACCGGGCAGUUUGCGCAUGCGUUAUGCGUUUGACAGAACAAUCAGCUGAUUUAAACACCGCACACAGUUUAUAUCUCACGUUACGCCUCCGUAAUAUUGAUCUGGACGCCAGUGGACAUGCGUUUAGCGCGUUUAACUUCAUUGUGACAGGUGCCCUGUCCGGGGUAUCCUGUUCGAAGUGUCUCGUCGGCAGGAACACUAUGUUGAUCGUGAUAAAUAAUAUGUGACAUCGCUUCGCCACGCGUAGCCCAAAAUCAUGAAAAUCAUGCAUCCCGUUCGUGUUUGUUGAUGGAACAACGAAGCACCGAGACGAGAGAGCGUCUAGUAUCUGGAACAUGUGCCUUCGUUACGAGACUAAGUAACCCGUUAAUCUGAAAAAACAUGACUGCCAUAGGCGACGUGCAAGCCUUGCAGACUCUCACAGUUUACACCAGCGAUGUAAAUAGCGUCGACUUCGCUGGUGAUUGCGUGUUAAUAACGGGAUCCGGAGACAAACGCGUUCGAGUUUGGGAAUGGCAACCUGGUACUGGCUAUGUGGAAGCUUACUUCUCACCCUUGAUGGGGCACAAAUACGGCGUGACCUCGGUCAAAGUCAGCCCUCAAUCCACUAUGUUAGCCACUUCCAGCAUAGAUGGUACCACACUGCUUUGGAACUUACGUACGGGAGCAAAGAUACACACUAUGGUGCAGAUGGGUGGUGAAGCGGUGAGAGUUUGCAGAUUUUCACCGGAUUCGACAUUACUUGCGACCGCCGGUGAUAAUGGGCAAGUCUGUAUUUGGGAUCUGAUUCAUCGCAAUUUAAUCAGAUGCUUUCAAAAGCACGAGGGCGCCGUACAGAGCGUAUCUUUUUCACCAGAUUCCAGCUGGUUGAUCACCUCGUGCACAUUGGGCGUCCUAAAGCUAUUUUCCACUGCCGAGCUGAUUGACACUUGUACGUCUAGCAAUGAGGAUGUCGCCGAACUCGCCUCAAUCGACGAUGCUCACGACAUGGGAGUGGUUUGUUGCGACUUCUCCACUUUUCAAGAAGUCACAUGUAACGAGCCGUACACUAAACUUUAUCAGCUGGUCUCGUGCGGCAACGAUCACGACGUGAAAUUAUGGGAAAUCACAGUAAGUCAGAAUAAAUACGAGGCCCAACCCUCUACAGCCAUUGUACAGCUUUGCAGAGUGAUGGAAAAGCACAGCAGUGCCUUAACUUGUGUCCGUUUCAGUAGCAACGGAUUGUAUAUUGCUAGCUGUAGCCUCGAUAAAACGGCAGUAAUUUGGGAAAUAAGCUCAGGAAAAGUAGUGACGAUACUCUCCGGUCAUAACAGGUACAUCGCUUGCUGCGCUUUUUCACGUGACGGAAGCUUAUUAGCGACAGGUUCUAAUGAUAAGUCGGUAAUUGUUUGGGACUUGACAGGGAAUUUAACUGUUGAUUCAGAACUCUCAAGAAACGUUGGAACGAAGUGGUUCGUGAAUGAUCCUGAAAAAAAUGCUAUGUAUGAACAGGAUAUGAUGAAAAACGUUGAGACAUAUGCUAACGAAGUACGACUGAUUCAAAAACUGGAGGAGCAUAAUGGAGCAGUGAACAGCGUUGCCUUUUAUGGAAAUAAUCUUCUAGCCUCAGCAUCCGGCGAUAAACUGGUGCGUAUAUGGAGCGUGGAAAUUGAAGAGGAAGACGGAGAAGAAAUAAUUAAAAUACAAGAAAAGCCUUUCAGUCCACUCGACGCUCACACUUACAGCGUCAAUUAUGUGGAAUUUAGUCCAUGUGGUUCCAUGCUCGCCUCUUGUUCUCUCGAUGGGACGACUGUAGUUUGGAAUACAGAAAACGGAAGUCAAGCAAAAGCCUCGUUUGUCAAUUCCGGCACAGGUAUCCGUGUAUGUCGAUGGUCACCAGAUGGUACAAAAAUUGCCACUGCUGGUGAUGACGAGAAAACAAUGUUAUGGGAUGUGGAGACUAUGGAUCAAUUACAGGAAUAUUAUAGUGUUUUUGAGGGUCACGCCGACGCGAUAACGGCCAUCGCGUUUACACAUGAUUCACGUUAUUUGGUCACUGCAUGCAACGAGGGUACUUGGCGUCUUUUCGAUACUUUGGAUGAAAAGAACGGUUCCGAAUCAUUGAUGGUUUGCGACGCAAGUCACGAUCUAGGUGUCCAAGGAUGCGAUUUCAGCCCUACUCCAGGUUCCGCCAUAUACACAAGAGAGACAGAAAUGAAUGUCAAUCAGCAAAUAUAUUUGUUGGCAACGUGUGGUAACGAUUCGUUGGUUAAAUUAUGGCACAUAAUUAUCUCAACCGAGUCAUUAUCCGAUUCGGACAGUAUCGGCACAAGCAAUAUCGAAACGCGUUACAAGGAAAAGAAAUCCUUAACCGGACAUGGUGGAAAUGUAAUGUGUGUUCGUUUUUCGCCUAUCGCGGGAGAAAUUCUAGGUAGCGUCGCAACGGACAGAACAGCUCGCAUAUGGAGUGUGUUUUCCGGAAGUUGUUUAUACGUCCUAGAGGUUCACGACAGUCUUGUUACAUGUUGUGCAUUUUCUGAGGAUUCGUCACUCUUUGCCACAGGUGCGCUGGAUAAAACUGUUUUAGUUUGGAAGGUGCCUCAGCAAUUAGUGUCGCAAAGUAAUUUAAUAGACAGUUUGAGGAACAAGAAGAAGAGGGUUGCAGAUUGGAAGAUACACGAUACUUUGAAAUGGUUAAAUGAUAUUGAAUUAUCCAGACUUUCUAGGAGAGUGCUUUCUCUGGGAAUAACUGGACGACAUUUAUUGUCCAUAUCGGAGAACGAACUGAUAUCCCGAUUGCAAAUCGAAGACGACGAAGAGGCGAUCGAGACACUGAAGAAGCAAUUAUAUUGGCUGAAGCGUGAAGAUUGCAAUAUUACAGAGAAUAUAGACGAGUCUGAGAUUCCUCAUGAAUUCCUAUGUCCUAUAACGCAUGAGAUAAUGAAAGAACCUGUACAGUGUUCAGAUGGAUUUACUUAUGAAAGAGCAGCUAUAAACGAAUGGUUCUUGUGCGGAAAAUACACCAGUCCAAUGACGAAUGAAUCGUUGCACGACACUUCCUUUACUUCGAACUUCGCUCUUAGAAAUGCUAUACUCACUUUACUCCAUGGCGAAGGACCACAAUAGUAAUCGCACUUAUGAAAGAAAACAAAAGAAUAUUAUACGCGCGCACGUGUCGGCAAUUUAUUAUACACGAUAAGUAAUUUUAUUCUGUGGAAAAUUAGAUAUUUGGCGGUUUUAACGCAAUAAUAUUUGCUCUUCUUACAAGAAUCGAAAAGAAUUCGAACGUUUGAUCGGCACCGCGGACCAAUUACAUAAAAUAUAAAAGACUUUGUGGUGAUUUCAUAUAAUUACCGCCGCAGGAUAUUUGAGAACUAAAAAAAAUUAUAAUUCCUAAAUUUUAUUCUGGAGAUAUUGAAUUUGCGAAAUGUAAAGUAAAUUUAAAUUCGAGGUGUUUUGAAAUUAUUAAAUUAUUGGAGAUAUAAAAAUGCUUAAAGAAUACAUUUUGUAUGCUAAUAAGUAACAAAUAUUGUUAUAACUUUGCCUAGAAGCGGUAUAUAUAAAAAACCGCUAUAUAUUAAAUGAUUUCGAUCUUUGAUAUCGUUAAGCAAUAUCUACAAAUGAAUAUUGUUGAAAGAUUUCCAAAUAUUCGAUAUACGAGCGCGUGUACUAUACAUGUAACGAUCCAGAUACCUGAUGCAAAGCAGCAAGUACAAGUUUACGAAAAUUUAUGGACAAUCUUCGAGAUUAUGAAUAGUGAAGAGAAGCGCUGGUCUAAAUAUCGGAUAUUACAGAAUAAGCGAACGUACAUAUACACGUUAUAUGUAGAUAGACAUAUCGCGAGAAUACAUGGAUUUUAUAUAUUAUUAGUUCUAGGCAUGAAACAGGAUUUACAAAUCUUGAAAUUGAAUUGCGCACAUCUUGCGAAUGCGACAUAUAUGUGUUUCGUCACACUCUCUCUUUUACUUAUAUAUCUCUUCUAUAUUUUAGACUUUUUAUAACUUCGAUUCUGUGACACGAAACAAAGAGAUUUGUGUAAAGAAUUUUCGGUAUCAAUAUUAAAUAGAGCUAAUUUCGAAUCUAAGAUUGCAUUGACAGGGUUAUAACUUUGCACUAAAAAAUGUAGCAUUAUAUUUAAUGUUGAAGAAAAUAAUUUCCUCAAUUUCUUUAAUUUUUUUAGAUGGUAAAUACCCAGCUAACCAUUUGCUUGGAAAUUGUUAACAAACGGGAAACAAUAAAUACGACCAAAUAUGGCUGCAAAUCCAGGGCCUACUGUGUCCUCGAGUGCGCUUCAAUUGCAAUCAAAAGUUGAAAGUAUAUCCUAACAUCAAGUUGGGUGCAACGCCAGAGCAGAUCUGUUACUAACAGUGCGACGACAGAUUGGCAACAGACUGGGAACAGAUUUGUCAAUCGUAAAUUGAGGACAGAUUUGCGCCAAAUGCUUAGCAAAUCGAAGAAAAAUCCUAAAUCUGAAGGAUCUGCUGCAUUUUUGGCAUCAAUCUGUUGUCAACACUUUCGACAGAUCUGCUUGCUACUCAUUGCCACUUUGUCAAUAUGGUCUGCUAACAGAUGUUGGGAAAUAUUCACUGAAUUUAUGCUCACAGUGUUUGUAAUGACAAAAUAUGUUUCUUAUCUGCGGCCAUUUUACAAAACAAAAGUUGUUGCUUACAUUUGCCUCCGCAGAAAUGGUUAGCUGGGUGAAUCUUAUUUCAAUUACAGUGCAAAGUUGCAAAUCCUUAUAUUACAAUUAUAAUAUUGAGAUUUAAAUAAAUGAAAAACGGCUGAAAGAAAACCAAGUUUUCAAUUAAUAAUUAAUGGAAAAUUUAAACGUUAUAAAAACGCGUUUUAGAGUGAACAAUUAAUAAUAUAGAAAUAUCUGUGCCUAAUAUAAUUAACGACGAGAUAUUGAAAAAUAUCGCAAUUUCUUUAAUCUACGGCAUUAUUGCAUUUUAUCGAAUAUCUACUUUCUGAAGUAAAUAUUUAAAUAGAAUACUUUAAAUAAAAUUCAUAAAAAAUAUGUUAAUAUAUAUGUAUGAUAAUGUCCGAUAAUACCGCAUGAUGAAGCGUUGAGAGCAGCGUUAUUAUAUAAUUAUAAAUAUAUGAUAUAUAAUAGCUACAUAUACAGGGUGUCCCAUCAAAAGUGGCCACCUCCUUUUAUCUUUGAAACUAAGAGAUAGACCAUAAAAAUUAUAUAUGAAAUUAAAUGGCUCAAACAUAGUUUUUGUAAGCAACCACAAAACAGUUCAGUUUGAGCCAUAUAAUUUCAUAUAUAAUUAUUUUUAUGGUCUAUCUCUUUUAUGGUAUAUCUCUUUAGUUUCAAAGAUAAAAGGGGGUGACCACUUUUGAUGGGACACUCUGUAUAUACGAACAUCGUGUUAUACAGUCAUUAUCGGACAUCCUGUAUAUGAUUUGUGUGUGAUAAUAGUAUGUUAUUUUUAUUCGCAAAUAUUAAUACAUGCAUAUUAGUUAUUAAUAUUAUAUUUAUUUGUUGCAUUUUUUAAAUAUUUAACAAAGAAAAUAUUCUUUUGACAUAUUAAUUGUGUUAUAUCAAUAUAUAGUUAUCGAUAUACAAAAUUGUUUAUUAUUAUUAAUUAUAAAUGCUGUAGAUUUUAUUAUACGCUUUCUAGAUAGGCAAUACAAACGUAUAAUUAUAUAAAUAUUUUAUGAUCAUACGAUAAUUAAUUCUUACAUUAAUCUUAAGCGUUAAAAAUAAACAAAAAAAUAAUUGUAUAUAAAAUUGUAAAACAGAUGCGAGAAGAUAUCGUAUAUACAUAUACGAUCAGACGAGUAUAAAUAUCGUCAAUUUAGUUUUUGUUUUUGAUAGAUUAUUAUCGUAGUAAUUUUCUUUUAAAACCGUCGAUUGUUUCUAUAUAAUUAGUAUAUACACACAGGUUUGUACGUGAUUUUUACAAAAUUUUCGAUCACCCAUUAAGAACACUGUUUUAUAAUUGUAUGUCUUUAAAUUAUCACUCGAAUUUAAAGUCAGUAUUUCUGUGAUAUAAUUGAGAAAUCGUUUGAAACUUGCGGCGUAGUAUAGGAAUGACGAUGGUUUCGAUGGUUUUGUAAAAACGCAAUCGAUGAGUAUGACACGUUUAAAAAAUCGCAUUAUCUUUCGAAGAAAGUCCGAUGUAAUCGAGCUUGAGCUUGAGCGUGUUAAGCGAUUUUACAGUUAUAAGCAUGACUUUCUGUAUAGCUAUAUACAAAAUAAUAAAGUCGAUAAUAAUAUUAAUAAUGAUAAA